AUGCCACAAAUCAAGCGUGAGGCUUCGAUUCAGCUCGCACAAGAGCAGAGCAGGUACAAGCAGGAGGCCAAAACACUACGAGAAGAACUAAUACAGGGUCAGCGCGAAAGCAAUCAGCUGAGGAAGCAGCUCACGGAUUCACGGAAGAAGACACGCCAGCUCCAGAUGCAAGCUCUCAGGGCGGCACGGGCUCUCACCAAGGCCACUGUUACUCACCGUGUUGAGGCAGCGGCACGGGGUGCAACUGUACAGCGCAUUCUUGGCCAGAAAGGCUCGCGUGCUGUUUAUUCCCCAGAGUUUCGAUCUAUGGUCCGUACACUUGCAGUUGCAGGAUGCGCGCAAGAUAGAAUCGGCCGGAUUAUGCAGAAGCUCUAUAGGAAUGUUGGAGUUAACAUUUCGAAGGCAGUUAGUCGACGUACUGUUGCUCGCAUUAUCCUGGAGGGUGGCAUUGCUUCACAGCUGCAAGUUGCGACAGAAAUGAAGAAUGCGACAGCCAUCACCAUCAGUUCAGAUGAUACAGGUCACCGUCACAUCAAUUAUAGCUCGAAACAUGCUGUGAUUACCACAGUGAAUGAGCAUGGCCACUAUGAACAUCUUGUUCGUCUGCUCGGGGUUGAUUCGACAUUAGACCAUUCAAGCGCAACUCAAGCAAAGGACUGGGAGGCAAAGAUACACACCUUUGCAUCCGUCUACAAUGAAUUCCAUGACAACCUGAACACUGAGGAUAUUGGGGAUAGCGGGACCUUUGAUGUCAUUCAGUUCACAUCAAAGCUUCUUGGGAUGAACGGGGAUCAUGCAGCUGAUCAGAAGGCAACGUUCCGAUUUAUCCAGGACUGGAAAGAAAGGAACUGCUACCUUGGCCUUGGUUAUGAACUUCUCAACACCGGCACUUAUUCCCGCAAUGACUGUAGAUAUACAAGUGCUUUGCAAGAGGCGGAGGCAAAGAUGCUGCAAGAUUCGGGUGGUUCUGAGGGAUGGGACUCACUGCUGCCUGUUGAUCGGGCUCUGCGACAGGCAGAGAUGCUCCACACGUUAGCGAUGACAUUUGGGAAGCUUCAUUUUGGAAGUCUCUCACCGGAGGAUCAGCGUACUCGCCUGCUCCUUGUUCGAGCAGGUUGCUGCAUGCACAAAGACCUGAACUGUGUCAAAGCUGGCAACACGUCUAUGAUGGCUUACUGGGACAAAAAUAAUGUUGCAGGUCCAGUAAUACUACCAAACCGGGACAAUGAAGCGACACUUCAAGAUGUAGACCCAGGAUCAGAGCUCACCAAUGCGCAGACUCGUGCAAUGGAUAUGACAACUCGGGGUGGAGUCAAGGCUACAAGUUUAGCCGGGGCAAUAUUCAAUCACAAAGACGAUAAGAAGGGGCUACAGGAUACACACCUCCACUUCAUGGAGAAGGUCAAAGGCCCUGGACAGCCUGUUUCUUUUCCCGACACCAGCAAUACCCGAUAUCAAUCCCACUGCCUUGCAGCAACGGAGCUGUUAGAAUGGACCCCAGAUUAUAUCCGCCUCCUUGAAAACGUGCGCGACAGGAAAGAGAAACCAACCUUCUCGCAUAUAGAAUUGAAUCUCUAUCGUGCUCUUCAUGACCCACCAACGCUCAGCGAACUUGCUGUUCUUGCUCUCUAUGGCAGUGCCAUUACCAUCCCAUACAUGCGAGCAGUUCGAGGGCCAGGAACUAAAAAUGUCAACAUCCUGGAUCUAGGACCAUUUCACGAACGCCUCAAGGAGCACCUCAGGUCUCUCAUUGAUAACCCAAAGCUACUUACUACAGCUGGGAAUCAUGAGUGUGCCACUUUUGAUGGAAGGGAGUGGCAUAACAGGCAUGCCAUCGAGGAAAUCCACAAUAUGGGAGACAGCCUGCCGUACCUUCAAGAUCUUGUUGUAGCCUUUCUAAAAGGUGCAUUAGAUGGAUGGGAACGCUUCACAUCAGAGUUCCGGAUGGAUGGCCCUAUUGCACAGAUGUCAGAACAGGAACGAAAUCUUGCCUACAUGCCAUCAACUAAUGACGAUAAUGAGGGCUCCUUGGGAUCAUUCCGUCAGUUCAAGAUAAGAAAUCCGCGAACAUCUUUGCACCAAAUCAAUGCUUUGGCAACAUAUAAGAAGAAUGGUACCGAGGAAUUCAUGAGCAAGCUAACACGGGAGCAACAUGCAUUGCUUCUGAAGAAGGCACGACUGUUAGAUGCUGCAGGGCUCGAGAAGAAACGAAAAGAAUCACUUGUCAGCCAUGGAGAGAGGAUUGCCGAGGAGAAACGGAAUGCUCGCACUGCGAAAAAACGGGAAGAAUUGAAGCGGGACCAGCACCUUGACUCGAUCACUGUGGUUCGAGAGGAUGCUGCCAUUGAAUCACUGACUGUUCCGCAAUUAAAGGAGCAGCUUGAUUGGCACCGGCGUCUUGACAAAGGUAUCCCGAGCAACUAUAGCCUGGGACGAAAGGGUCGGCUGGCUGCUGCAGUCAAGAAAGCUGUCGGGGCGAUCCAAACUCGCGAUGCUGAUCAAGAAGGCUGA